AUGACGCACUGUAGCCACCCCCACUCCUUGUCUUCCAAUUCCUGCACCCUCGUACGAUACGCACUAAUGAUCGACGCGGGCCCAACCGGCUCCAGAAUCCAUGUCUACAUUAUCAACAACUGCGGCCCUUCCCCUGAAUACGAAUUGAGGGCGCUGCUUUGCACGGGUACACCUGUAGCCGUCAAAGCUACCGCUGUACUUCGUUUGUUACGGGGCUCACAGAGCGCUGAUAUUUUGGAGGCGGUGGAAGGGAGGAUUCGGUCAUCCUAUCCCUUCCAAACACAGGAAAAAGAUGGGGUAGUGAUCAUGGAUUUCAAAGACGAAGGCGUAUACGCGUGGAUAACGGCCAACUAUCUCUUGGGUACCAUCAAUGGCGCUUCUACGCAAAUCGUAUUCGAACCCGUGCUCGCUUCGUCGGAUAUGCAGCUCGAGGACGGAGAACAUAAGUACGAUCUGCAGUUCGGCGGCCGGAACCAUGUGUUGUACCAACACUCAUACUUGGGGUCUGGUUUGAUGCGUGCACGGAGACACGUUCAUAGAUUGGCGGAUUUCAUGUCGAUGUUGCAGGGUACGAAGCCGAAGGCGGUGGUGGGGAAUCCGUGUCUUGCGAGGGGUACACGGAUGGUUGUGACUGUCAAGGAUGAAGUGACAGGUGUGGAGAGGAAGGUGACGAUGGAUGGGGGGGACAUUGGGUCUUUUGAGGCGUGUGAUAGGGUGGUGCAACUUGUAUUGGCAAAGGACGCGGAUGUCAGCUGGAGGUUUGCGAGAGGGCCUAAAAAGCACCAAGUCAGGAGGGUGGAUGACUCGUUUGUCAGACGUCAAAUUUUACCGAAGCCUUAA